AUGGUCCGCCACAAGAAGGACAUGUCCAACAAGGGCAAGCGCUACCCAAACAGCCGAUCUGCCCGUCCUCUACCUCCUGCCCGUGGUGAGGAAGGCGAGGUCGACCCGGCUUCAUCCAAGCGUCCUCCUUACAAGGCCGCUGCCUGGGAUCUCGGCCACUGCGACGCCAAACGAUGCAGUGGUAAGCGCUUGAUGCGUCUGGGCCUCAUGCGUGAAUUGCACGUCGGCCAGAAGUUCGCCGGUAUCGUCGUUUCGCCCAACGCAAAGACCAUCAUCUCGCCUGCAGACGCACCUCUCCUCGAGCAGUACGGUGCUGCCGUUGUCGAAGCUAGCUGGAAGCGUAUCCAGGAAGUCCCCUUCUCGAAGAUUGGCGGCCCGCACCAAAGACUUCUUCCCUACCUGAUUGCCGCGAACCCUACAAACUAUGGCAAGCCUUGGAGAAUGAACUGUGUCGAGGCUCUCGCCGCCUGCUUCUACAUCUGCGGAAAGAAAGAGUGGGCUGAGCACAUUCUCAGCACCUUCAGUUACGGCCAAGCUUUCCUUGACAUCAACGAAGCUGUGCUCAAGAGAUACGCUGCUUGUGAGGAUGAGGCUGGUAUCAAGAAGGCCGAGGAGGCUUGGCUGGAGAAGAUUGAGAACGAAUACACCGCAGAUCGCGCCGAGAGAGAAGCUAACGAGGAUGAUGCUUGGAGAGGAGGCAACUUGAAUCGCACUCGUAUGCUCGAUGAGUCUGAUGAGGAGGGAAGCGACGAGGAUAGCGACGGCGAAGAGAAGGAAGAGAAGGACGAAGAUGAUGAGGACGAAGAAGAGGAGGAUGACCACGAUCCUUACGGUCUGCCUCCCUCAGAUGACGACGAGGAAGAGAUGGCUGAGCUUCGCCGUCGCGUGCUGGCCUCAAAGCCCUUCCAGAACCCUGCUCCCGCAGUUGCAGACGACAAGCCGCAACCAGGUCGCAUUGCACAGACCGAACCCAAGCCGGCUCACGAUUCCGACGACGAGUCAGGUUCAGAUGUCGGCGGUGUUGAAGACGACGAUUUCGACAACAUCAUGAACGCGACACCUGUGUUGGACCGCUCAGGAAUUGGUGCUAAGCAAAAACAGAAGGCUCAAGACCAAAUCAGUGCUCGCUUCUCAAGGACCGUCAUCGAUGCUCCUUCAAAGUGGCCUGCAUAA